AAGCACUUCUAUUUAUUCGUCAUCACUUCGCACUAAACAAAGAAUCUAACAUAGAUUCCCUUGCCUUUCGAGCUGCUAAAAUGGACUCAUCAUCUUGGAAAGCAUAUGGAAAGAUCGACCCAGAGCUUGAGGCGAUGGUCCCCAACAUGCCCAAUAGUACAUUAGGCGACUAUCCAGAUGUGCCGUCGCUGCGUCAGGGAGUAAUGGAUCAGGUGAUGGAAGGGAUAAAGGCCGGGAUAUUCUCCAUUCCUGACCUCGGCGGCAUUCGCAAAGAAGAAAUUCAUAUUCCGGCACGUGACGGAUAUUCCAUCCGUGCUCUUCACUACCGAAGUGAGGGAGGAGAGACAGGCCCUGUGGUUGUGCUUUUCCAUGGUGGAGGCUGGGUGUUUGGUAUGCCGGAAAUGUUUGAGAAACAUGUGGUCUGGUUGUGCAAAGAGCUUGGAUUUGUGGUAGUUGCUGUGGAGUAUAGAAAAGCGCCAGAGGAUAUAUUCCCUACGGCUGCUAAUGACGCUGUUGAUGCAGUGAACUGGGUUGGCCAGAAUGCAGCGAAACUCGGCGCAGAGCCGUUCAAGGGGUUCAUCGUUGGUGGCUCCUCGGCUGGAGCUAAUCUCACCGCCGUUGCGACUCACGAAGCCGCCGAUGCAAAACUCUCCCCUCCAAUCACAGGAGUCUGGCUCCAAGUACCGUGCCUGGUGCAUUCGGAUGCUGUCCCAGAGCAGUACAAAGCGCACUACAAUAGCUAUGAAGAAUUCAAAGACGCCAUGGUUCUAGACCGGAAGGCUAUGAAUCUCAUCUAUACAGACAAUUACAAGCCGGAUCCCAAGUCCCUGCUUUUCAAUACUCUUCUCCGGUCGGGUCAUAAGAGUCAACCGCCGACGUAUUUUCAGGUCUGUGGGAUGGAUCCUUUGAGAGAUGAGGGGUUGAUCUAUGAGUACGCUUUGAGGAAGGAUGGAGUACCAACAAAACUUGAUAUAUACCCUGGCAUUCCGCACAGUGGUUUAGACUUUAUGCCAUUUCUAUCUCAGUCGAAGAAAGGAGUGGAUGAUCUGAAGUCUGGUUUCCAGUGGUUGCUGAGCAAGAAGUAG